AUGAACAAGGACGAGUGGCCCGAUCAGUGGCCCGCGGAGACGACGGCGUCGGCGGCGGCGCUGGCGAGCGACGAGGGGGAGGUGAGGGAGAUUCGACCGGCGCUGAAGCAGACGCAGUUGGAAAAGUUGGCGCUCGGGUGCGCGUACGACGCGAGGACGCACGGGUGGUCGGCGCGCGCGUUUCACACGCAACUCGACGGUCAGGGCGCGGCCGUGUUGGUCGGGAAGACGGCGGACGGGGAGACGUUCGGAGGAUAUAAUCCGAUCGGUUGGUUGGGAUACGGCGAAGCGCGCGACGCCAUCUCGGCGUUUUUGUACGUGCUCGAUCGAAAAACGGGUAAAGCCGUCAAGCUGCCCAAGACGGGCGGGAGCGGCAUGGCGAUCAUCGAUGAGGAUGGGAAAGGGCCGCAGUGGGGGCCGGACGGGUUGAAGAUUUCGCUCGAGGGACGAAGCGCGAGGUCGCGGUUGGGGACGUAUUACGAAACCAUGCCAGACGGCGGCGACUGCAUGUUCGCGAACACCAAGCGCGGAUCACCCGUGGAACUCACCGAGCUUCGCGUCUACGUGUCCUUAGAGGACACCGAGAUCGCGAAAAAUUACCAGCCGAACGCGUUGCAGUGGCAAAAGGGGGAACUGGAAGAGAUUCGAUCGAACGACGACGACCCAAACCACAUGGACGGGUUCUUCGGCAAACUCUUCGGCAAGAAAAAGUAA